AUGUCAACGUGUUGUGGCCGCUUAAAGAGGAAGAUGCCACGGUCGUUCAAGAAACGACAAAGAACCAUUACACUCGAUGCGACGCAAAAAGGGCCGUCGCUUGGGCAUUCCGUCCAUUACUGCUGUAGAUGCUGUCCACGACCUGAACACUAUUCCGAGGCCACCAUGUUCCCCCAUAACAUCGGCCUGGGAUGCGCCAGCGAUCCAGACCUCAUGCGACGAAUCGGUGCAUGCAGCGAGAAAGACAGAAAGACGCGGGGAUCACAAUCUUUCUCUACGUGUUCUUAGGUCGUGUGACUGCUCUGGAGCUGCGCGCCGUGGGCUUCACAUGGAAUUUGGCCCCUAUCACCGCCGUCUCCACUGACUAUAGGUGGGGUAGGACCUAUGAGUUAUCUGGACGGCUGACCUUGUUGAGGUCCAGAUAACACAAUCGACAGCGCACAUACAAAGUCCUCCAUGUCGAUGCUUUGGCUUGUCACGUACUCGAUGGCUCAGGCGUACAUAA